AUGCGCAACGUUUUGACUACAGAACGUAUAGCAGUGAAAAGAUACUCUCGUUGUGGCGACGAACAUGUGAUGAACGUAUGGCGUAAGCCCAGGGACGGGCAAGCGGCAGCUCAAGAUGAUUCAACGCAGAUGGGCCUUCUACGACAUCCAAAGGUAUCCACCGUCAACACACUUCAGUGUUUCAGGUCGUGUCAUGACUAUCGAGCCUACAUACCUACCACUUGUCACACGUUGUAG